AUGGCACACUACAUUGACGGGAAAGACUGCAUGAUCUCGGAAUGGAUCCUCCUGAUUUUCGCAUACCUGUUCGUUGCUGCGCGCAUGUACACGCGUCUGUUUCGCCUCCAUUCGAAGUUGGACGCGUCGGACUACCUAUUGAUUGCAUCUGCGCUGGUUGCUUUGGGACUGAUCAUCUGCGACACGCUCACAUACAAGAUGGGCGUUUUGGACAAUUAUGAGACGUCAGAGAAGCUGUCAAAGAUCUCUUUCGCCUCGAAUUACUUCUACGAUGUCGGUAUGGGUUUCCCGAAACUCAGCAUGCUAGCCUUCUACUGGGCAUUCUUCAAUCUGUCCGGGCACCCGGGACUGCGCAAGAUGCUCUUUGGUAUCACAGCCUUUGUUGUCGCGAGUUACCUCACUAUCCUCUUCGAUGACACCUUCUUCUGCGGCACGCCUGUAUCUGUGCAGUGGUCUCAAGAAGAAGGCGCAUGUUCUGUCUUCUAUGCGCCGGAGCCGUUCAUUCUGAACUUCACUUUGAACCUGGCUUGCUAUCUUGUGGUUUACGCCGUUCCUGUGGUGCUUUUGGUGAAGGGUAUACUCAGGUCCUCGACCGGUGUUGGCCUUACUUUCGCGUUGGGAGCGCUUACUAUUGCCUCCGGUAUCGUGCGCUUCGUCUGCCUCAAGGUUGGAACAGGACAGGAAAACCUUGUUUAUCCUUUGAGUAUGGUAGAGAUGACUCUCUCAAUCAUCGUCGUUGCGCUCCCGGGACUGAAGCCGCUUGUCAGACAAACAAAAGUAUAG